GCGGCCAUCGAAAGCUUUACAGCUCUACUCUGACCAUGCAUUAAAAUGGACAACUCCGAUAGCACCGUCACGUCCUUGGAUGAAAACAAUUUCUGCAACAAUUCUACGCGUGACAUUUUGGCCGAAGGCGUUACCAAUCUCUUUAAGCCUACCAUCGAAAAACUUGACGAGCGUGUGGCCAACACAAUACAAUUGCAAGUGGAGCUGCGUGGGCAGUUGGAUGCACUUGCGGCGCAGCUACGAGAGAUUGAAAAGGCCCAGAAUCAGAUUCCUGAGUUCGCAGACAAAGUCAAGGAGUUGAUUAACGUCAAACAUAAAGUGACCAUAAUAACAAACGUACUCAGCUCGAGCCAAGAACGCCUCGCCGGCCUGCACAAGCUCAUUGAGAAGGAGCAGCGGCGUCGUCAAGCAUUAUUGGAUUCGGCUCUCACCACUGAAAUAUCAUAGUUUGGCAUGGAGACCCCUUACACAGACCAUCUGA